AUGUCUAGAACUCUAGCAUCCGCCCUCCUCACCGCAGCAUGCGUCUACGCCUGUCUGCCAGACAAAGACGAACUCGCUUCACUCCGCUCAAAGCGCAGUUCACGCUCCAACAGUGGUCUCACAAAGCGUGAAACAGUCCCCUUCCCGCCCAUCCUGUCAGAAACUGAAACUCUUCUCGUCAACUCCUUCGACAACGCCUCCGUCUCCGACUGGUCGCUCUACUACUCCUCCGGCUACCGUCUCGCAGGCCACAACCGGAGCCAGGCAGAAUGGACGCAGAGCAAAUGGUCCGAGCACGGCUGGGAAUCUUGGAUUGAGGAGUAUUGGAUUACUUAUACUGAGCCGACUGAGAGUACUUUGAAGCUUGAGAGGCCUGAUGGGAGUGUGUUUGAGGUGCAGAGGUUGGAGGAUCCUUUGGAGGGAGAUGCGCAGACGAGAAAUCCUGAGGAGAAGGUUGCUUUUCAUGCGCUUGCGGGGAGUGGAAGGGUCAAUGCUGAAUAUGUCUACGUUGGACGCGGUGCCAAGGCGGACUUUCAGAAGCUGAAGGAUCUUGGUGUUGAACUCGGUGGAAAAAUCGCCCUUGUUCAAUAUGGGGGUAUGAACCGUGGUGUCAAGAUCAAGAACGCUGAGGCAAACGGCAUGAUCGGCACGAUCAUCUACACCGAUCCUCUCGAGGACGGUGAGAUCACCGAAGAGAACGGCUACCUCCCGUACCCUGAUGGCCCAGCUCGCCAUCCCUCAGCCAUCCAAAGAGGCAGCACGCGCUGGGGUUCCCUCUCCUUCGGUGACCCCUCGACAAUCGGCUACGCCUCGCACAAAGACGCCCCCAGAGCAGACAUUACUCCUUACGGUCCCACGACGCCCUCUAUCCCCAUCUCUCCACGCGACGGUCUCCAACUGCUGCACGCGUUGGAUGGUCAUGGUCUUUCCCCGGACCAAGUCAACCGCACCAACUACAAAGGCGCUUUCUCCAACGUCACAUACUACAGUGGCCCAGCACCUGGUGCCAAGCUCAAUCUCGUGAAUAUCAUGGAUAAGAGACUGGAGCCUGCGUGGGAUGUGCUUGCUUCGAUCAACGGAACUAACGAGGAUGAGUAUGUUAUCAUUGGAAAUCAUCGCGAUGGCUGGACGGGCGGUGGUGCAGCUGAUGCUGUUUCUGGUGGUUCGCUUCUCAUUGAGAUGGCCAAGGCUUUUGGAAAGUUGGUUGAGAAGGGGUGGAAGCCUCGUCGAACCAUCAUCCUUGCUUCUUGGGACGCUGAGGAGUUUGGUCUCAUGGGCAGCACAGAGUGGGUUGAAGAUCAUCUUCCUGAAUUGCGCGAAAAGGUUGUCGCGUACAUUAACCUCGACACAGCCGUCUCUGGUCCUCGUGCCGAGAUCGUUGGGUCUGGUGAGAUUCAGAAGAUCGCUAUCGAGACGAUGAAGAAGGUCAUCUAUCCUGAGGGUUACGGCGCUGGACCCACACUCUAUGACGCUUGGUACAAUGCUACAGAGGGUGUUCUUCCUGCUAUGGGUAGUGGAAGUGACUACGCAGCUUUCUACCACAACGGAAUCAGCUCGCUCGACAUUGCUGGAGGUCCAGGUCCCAAGGACCCCGUCUACGCUUACCACACCCUCUACGAUACCCAUGACUGGAUGACCAACUACGCAGAUCCAGGUUUCCAUCUUCACAAAGCGAUGGGUCAAUACGUAACACUCCUAACCUACCACAUCGCCGACGACCCUCUCAUCCCCUGGGAUAUGACUCAUGCCGGUUCCGCCCUCCGAGAUAUCUACGAAGAUCUCGAAGAUAAACUCGAAGAGCGUUUCUCCAACUACACCCUCGAUCUCACCACUCUCUCCGACGCCGUGUCCGCAUUCGAGACCGCAGGAAAGAGCAUCGACAAACUCGCCAAACAAGCACUCGCUCUGAACGACACCGUUUUGUUGGCUGAAGUGAACACCAAGUUCAGAGAGUUCAGCCGAGGAUUCGCUAGCGAGGGAUUACUCCCGGGUAGAUAUUCUUUUUACAAUGUUGUUAGUGCGCCCGGGUUGGAGAGUGGUUAUGGAGCGGAUGUUUUCCCGGCUGUGCAGGAUAGUCUGGAUCAGGGGAAUGUGACGCAGGCUGAGGAGUGGGUUGAGAGGAGUGCGAAGGCUGUUUUGAGAGCUGCUGAGAUUUUGAAGGUUGGCGAGUAA